AUGGAAACCCCCGCGAUACCCAUGCCGCGCGAUGCCCGCGAGCUGGCCAUCCUCCAGCACCUCACUGAGAUUCGCGACAAGCUCCUCCUGCUCAAGCAAGACAGAACCACAUAUAUCCGCAGUCAAGACAUCCUGCCCCUCUACGACCAGACCAUUGCGCAAGUCAAGGAUCUCAUCGCCAUCCGCGCAGAGACCGGCGCAACUGAUGAGAACAGAGUGGACAAGGUGCUCGAGGGCUGCUUCCAGCUCCUGUCGCUUUUUUACCUGACCAUCGGCCGGAACGACGAGGCCCCCGCUACCUAUGCGCUUACGUCAACGAUCAAGCGACUGCUCGACCACCUCUGCGAGGCCAACCUUUACUCGUCCAAGGAUCUCGAGAGCAUCAAGGCCACACUGGAGCAACUGAACACCAAUAUUAGCCGCUCGGGUAACGCUGAUACGCCAGGCCCGCAGCACUCGCCGUACCUAUUGGAGCUCCUGUCGAAGCGUGUUGAGCGAUGCACCGCAACGCUGGCCAAACUGCAGAAGCGCCUCAGCACUCUGGACGAGUCUUCGCUUCCCACCUACGAAAAGAUGAUUUCGAUCCUGCGCUCCAUUUCCUAUGCUAAUACCAGAUCCAAGUUCUCCUCAACCGAAGUCCAGAAGCUGCAGAAGCAGCUGCACGAGAUUGGCGAAAAGAACGAUGGAGGCAAAUUCUGCGUCGCAGGCUCAGAAUCGCCAGGAGCUGCCACCAUGCAAGAAGUUUACGACAAGUGCUCUCGCUGGUCCGAGAUUGUGCUGGAACGAAAGGGCGACGUUCCUGAGCCGUUCCGUGAAACGUACCGCACGCUCGUCGGCAUCCGCAACGAGCUGGAGAAGCUAUCCCUCACACAAGCCUGGUCGCUGCGCGAGACGGACCUGUACGACUUUCAGCGCAAACUCGACAAGAUUGACGAGAGCCGGCAAAACGGCAACUUUUUCGACGACAAGAACCGCCCCGCCGACCUGUGGACGCAGCGCACCAUGCUGUACCUAAUUCGCCGGAGCUACGCCUACAUUUACUCGUUUAUCCUGUCCUCGGAGCCGGUCUCUGAGGCGCUCCUGCCCAUCUACAACCAGCUGCAGACGCUCAAGCGCUGUCUGCUCGAAGUCAAGAACAACGGCGGCGUGUCGUCUGUCCGGGAGCUGUAUCCUUAUAGCAUGAAGCUCGCCUCCUUGGAUAAUAUGCGCGUGGAUGGGAAAUUUGUCGUCAAUGGCGACAUCCCCGAGGGACAAAGCAGUGUUUCGGAACUGCUUGCCGAGUGUUUCGACUUGAACUACGACCUGCGAGUGGCUGCUGACGAAGACGUUGCGUCCAGUGGGCAGUGA